AUGACUCAGGUGAACGAGAUCUACCACGACCAGUCGCUGGGAGUGCGCAUCAACGUGGUUCUGGUCAGGAUCAUCAUGCUGGGAUUUGGCAAGUCCAUGAGUCUGAUCGAGCUGGGGAACCCGUCCCAGAGUCUGGAGAACGUGUGUCGCUGGGCCUUCCUGCAGCAGAAGCCGGACACCGGGGACGCUGAGUACCACGACCACGCCAUCUUCCUCACCCGGCAGGAGUUCGGCCCCACCGGCAUGCAGGGUAACGCCCCGGUGACGGGCAUGUGUCACCCAGUGAGGAGCUGCACUCUGAACCACGAGGAUGGCUUCUCCUCGGCCUUCGUGGUGGCUCACGAGACGGGGCACGUGCUGGGCAUGGAGCAUGACGGGCAGGGCAACCGCUGCGGAGAUGAGGUGCAUAUGGGCAGCAUCAUGGCUCCGCUGGUCCAAGCCGCCUUCCACCGCUUCCAGUGGUCCAGAUGUAGCAUGCAGGAGCUGGGACGUUACCUCCACUCCUACGACUGCCCGGACGACCCCUUCGACCACAACUGGCCCUCGCUGCCCUCGCUGCCCGGUCUGCACUACUCCAUGAACGAGCAGUGCCGCUUCGACUUCGGCGUGGGCUACACCAUGUGUACCGCGUACCGGACCUUCGACCCGUGCAAGCAGCUGUGGUGCAGUCAUCCAGACAACCCCUUCUUCUGCAAGACCAAGAAAGGCCCCCCCAUCGAUGGAACGAGGUGUGGCGAUGGAAAGAACUGCUUCAAGGGCCACUGCAUCUGGCUGACCAACGACCUCCUCAAGAAGGACGGAGGCUGGGGCGCCUGGAGCGAGUUCGGCCAGUGCUCUCGGACCUGCGGGGGGGGCGUUCAGUUCCGCACGCGCGAAUGUGACAAUCCCAGUCCGACCAACGGGGGCCGCUCCUGCAUGGGCUCCAUCUACCAGUUCCAGAUGUGCAGCCUGGAGGAGUGUGACGACAUCUACAGCGACGCCCGUGAGGACCAGUGCCGGGCGCUGGAGGCCCGCUUCGAGUUCCACAACAACAUGCACCACUGGCUGCCCUACGAACACACCGACCCGAACAAACGCUGCCACCUGCACUGCAGGUCCAAGGAGAGCCGGGACGUGGUGUACAUGCAGAGAAUGGUCCUGGACGGAACGCGCUGCUCCUACAAGGACCCCCACAGCGUGUGCGUGCGAGGAGAGUGUGAGAAAGUGGGCUGUGACGGCGUGGUGGGCUCGUCCAAGCAGGAGGAUAAGUGCGGCGUGUGUGACGGGGACAACUUCAGCUGCAAGACCGUUAAGGACACCAUCAACCGCAGCGCCAAGAAACAAGGUUUCCUUAAAGUUCUGGAGAUCCCCACGGGAGCCAGACAUCUCCUCAUCCAGGAGUAUAAAGCCAGCGCACACCUCUUAGCGGUGAAGAACCGAGCGUCAGGGAUGAUCUUCCUGAACGGGGAUAACGAUUACCCAGAAUCCCGUUCGGUCAUAGAGAAAGGCGUGGAGUGGGAAUACGGCAACGACAACGGCAAGGAGACGCUGCAGACCAACGGGCCCCUCACGCACGGAGUCCUCAUCAUGAUGCAGCUGCACGGGGACGAGGACGUGAACCUGUCCUACAAGUACAUGAUGAGCGUGGACCCAGUGAUCGAGGACAACAUGGUGGCGCAGGACGCCGCCUACGAGUGGGCCCCCAAGAGGUGGUCCUACUGCUCCAAGCUCUGCGGUGGAGGUAAACAGUACCUGCGCUACGGCUGCCGAAGACGGGCGGACAGUAAGAUGGUUCACAAGACGUCCUGUAACAAGUCCAACAUGAAGCCCAGGGGAGACAUCCGGGACUGCAACCAGAAGCCCUGCCCCCCCCCCAUCUGGGUGACCGGGGAGUGGCAGAACUGCAGCAAGUCCUGCGGAAAGACGGGGCAGCAGAUGCGCUCGGUGAGCUGCGUGCAGCCGUCGGACAACAACACCACGCGCUCCAUCCACAGCAAGCACUGCAACGACGCCCGCCCGGAGGCCCGGCGCAGCUGCAACCGCCACCCCUGCCCCGCCCAGUGGAGGGUGGGGCCCUGGACCCAGUGUUCGGUGAUGUGUGGUAACGGGACCCAGCAGCGCCAGGCCCUGUGCCACACCAGGGACAACACCAUCGGCCUGUGUCUGGACAGCAAGCCGGACACCAUCCGCGUCUGUCGCAAGGACCCCUGUCCCAAGGGUUCGUCCGACCUGAACAAGAACGGCAACAUCCUGAUCCAGUGGCUGUCCCCGCCCAACCCCCACUUCCCCCUCCAGAAGACCAGCUUACGUCAGCGUUGCCAUGGAGACCGAACGGUGUUCUGUCGCAUGGAAGCGCUGAAGCGCCACUGCUCUCUGCCUAGCUACCAGCGCAUGUGCUGCAAGUCCUGCAGCAACGUCACCCUCCUCGUACCCUUCUCCACCACCAGCUCCACCCCCAACACCUCCGCUCCGCCCGCCGUCACCACCGACCAUCCCACCAGCAGUCCAGGCGUUGUGCUAAGCACCUCCACCCCCUUGACCCCCACCAUCACCGCGACUUUGUCUCCCAUUCCAUCUUCACCCUCCAACUCUAGGGCCGCGACCCAAACCCGCCUGCCCUAUGCCUCGUCAACCACCUCCGUAGCACCUGUAACCUCUGCUGGCAUCAGCUCCACCAAAGGCACCACCAGCUUUCCCCCCAUUGCUAGCACCAUCCCCACCAUUCCUGGCACCAGUAUUCCAACCAUUCCUGGCAACAUGCCCACUAUUCCUGGCACCACCAUGUCCACCAUUCCUGGCACUACCAUGUCCACCAUUCCUGGCACCACCAUGUCCACCAUUCCUGGCACCACCAUGUCCACCAUUCCUGGCACCACCAUGUCCACCGUUCCUGGCACCACCAUGUCCACCGUUCCUGGCACCAGCAUUCCCACCAUUCCUGGCACCAUCACGUCCUCUAUGGCCUCCUCCACCCUUAGCUUCAUGACGACUUCCCCGCUGAUCCUCACUGGGCGCGUCCCUACAGGUUCAGCUCCACUCGUGCCUCCACCAGAUGUGGAGGAAGGCCCUACACGCCUGACACCAAUGACCACUGCCCUGGCCGCUAGAGAGCUAGGGCCCCAGAGCACCGCACAGAGCCAGGUGACGGCCCCACCACGUCCGAAGAAGAAGCCUAAGACGAAGAAGGACAAUAAAAAAGCCCUGUUGCCCAAGAAGUACGGUGUUCCCAAGAACAAGACCAAGAAGGUAGCUCCAGCCAAGAUUAAACCCAAAAAGAAUAUUUUGCCCAAACGUGUGAUAAAAGAAAUGGUCACACCGUUGACGACUCACAAACAAAAUACUUCAUCAAAAGUAAAGCCCAAAAAGAAAACGGUGCAAAAGACCAAACUUCCCAAAAUUGCUAAACCGAAGAAUACACUGAAAUCCAAAACCAAAGUGGUCAACAAGAAAGAUGGGACCAAGAAGAUCUCCAAAGAGAAGAGAAAGCCUCCAAAACAGAAGAAUCCAAAGAAGAAAAUGUCUCCAAUGGGCUCAUACUACAGCACAACCACGAUGAACCCCACCAGCCCAGGGGGUUAUCGUUUCUCCACCAUCUCCUUCAGCGCAACCCUCUCCGCCAACCCUCCCAGCACGCCUCCGCCCCGGUCCACCACCAACGUCACCAUCGUUCCCAACAUCACAGACACGGCCAGCGAGCAUCCACUUUGGCACUUCGACCGCAGCCAUCCUGAGACCAGUACUCCCAGCAUGCUUCACUUUGACGAGGUCAUAACAGCAUCCACGGGAACCAUUUACUUUGACGACGUUGCGACGCCCAGCGGCACGAUGUCCGCGGCGUUCCCGGACUCCGGCGACGCCACGGUGUCGAGUGGGACCGUCCUCUACGACGACGACAUGGUCGCCGUGCAGAACCCCUACGGUGGCGUCGCCAUAGUGACCGGCGGCACAACGGUGCUGGAGGAUGGCCUCACGGGGUCCAUCUCCCCCGGUUACUAUGACGACGUCACAGCGGGUUUGACCACGCCCCCUUGGCCAGGCGACCUUUCAGAGGAAUACAUCCCGGUCCGGGUUCCCCUUGUUCCCGUGACGGCCGUACCCCCGGAUGUUACCACCACCACCGUGGCUACCACAACAACAACAACAACAACAACAGCAACAACAACGACAGCCACACAGAGGAGCGAGCAGAGGAAGGAGGAGAACAACUCGGUGGAGGACGUGGAGUACGACCGCGUCGUCGGCGCGGACAUCGGAGACGUCUCCCGGAACAACCAGAUAGGCCGGCGACGGGUCAACUUCCGGGAGCGGACCAAGAACAAACGCAUCCAAGAACUCCUGGAGGAGAAGCGGAACUUCCUGCUCCGGAGAAAGAGGGGCCAGGCGGCGCGGUGACUCGGCGCCGCCGCCGCCUGGUUUUGGUUUCUCUUAUAGAGAAAAACCUCAGACUGGCUCUGAAGACUCUGUGGUUCAAACCUAGGGAAGCCACUAUCUGACCAGCCCCCCCCUCCCCCCCUCCCUCCCUCCCUCCCUCCCUCUGACCAGCCCCCCCCUC